AUGUCUCGACAUCGCGAUGUACGAUGCAUGAAUUAUUCAGAAGGUAUGUAAUAAAUAGGACACAAAUACAUCGAAUAUUUUGAAUCUUCAGUUGUCAAUUAUUAACGUGACAUAUUUUUUACAGAAUACGAAGGCUAUGACGAUGUAUACGGACAUUCUGUAGAAGAUGACUAUUGUGUAUCUCCUAGUGGUACUUUUGUUUAAUAUAUAUUCAACGUAUCAGAUUUUAUAUGGUUUUAAUAUAAGCAUGCUAACUGUUUAAAUUACAGCUGAACAGUUUUUAUUUGAUCGAAGUAAACAACAAAAUAUUGCAUCCUUCAUUACUGAACCAGAUAUAAUAGAAGAUAACGAGGACAAUGAGGAACUUUCAAUGUCUUUCAACGAGAAAGAUGUAACACUUACAGAUAUCGAAUGGGCCAAGCUAAUGUCAUGCAUGGAAUCUAUCAAAAAUGUUAUAGGAGAUACGGUACCUGAAUCUGAGAUUAAAAAAAAGAUUAUUCAGUCAAAAUUUGAUGUCAAAAUAGCACUUGAUUUAAUUUUAAAAGAAUCUUCACCAAAAACUGCUACUGAUGCUACAUCUACUAAGUUUCAGCCUAAUUCAUUCAUUGUACCCAAAUUAUCAUUUAACAAACAAGAGAAUAGUGAAGGUACUAACGAGAAUGUAUACCUCAUAAAUAAUUUAGAAAGUUUCAAAGAUUUAGCUAUUAGUAAUUCCCGUAUGAAGGGGUUUUCCUCUUUAUCUGGAUUUAAUCCUCUUGUUGAUUUCACGUUGUCAAGUUCUACAUCUUUAAAAAAUGAUUCGGAUACUGUAGCAUUCAAAACUUUAGCUGAUUUAACAGCACAUCAUUUACAGAAUACUAGCAACUUACUUGGUAAUGAGAAAACGUCUUCCCCUAAAACAAAUUUUUUAAUUCCAAAAUUGUCAAUUAAAAAAGAUAAUUGUAAUGAUACAAAUAAACAACUAAACUUAUCUACUAUUCUAGAAGAUAUACAUAUAGAAUCUAAUACAAUAAAUGAUAGAAAGUCAGAUGAUUCUAUGGAUUCACUAGAAAGAAGUUUAUCUAAUGUGUUUGCCUUUUCAAAAGAUUUUAUUAACACUAAUAUUAAAAGUAACUCACAAAAUAUAGAAUCAAAGAAUGAUCCAAUAGUAAAUAAUAUAAGUGAUACUCGGACACCAUCACCAGAUCCUGAGAUCAUUGAUUUAAAUUCUACUUUAAAAGAAGCCACAUUUUUAGUUUCAAAUAGUUGUAGUCAUACAAAAUUGGAAAUGCUAAAAGAUGUUCAUAAAGUCAUUCCUAAUUCAAAUUUACAGAUUUCUAAUGAAAAUAUUGAAAUUCCAUAUGCUAUGUUACCUACAACAUUAAAUUUAAGUUUUCUUAGAUAUGUUAAAUUGCCACAUAGUAAAAAGAAUGUAUCCUUAUUUGGUAGAACAUUAUGCAGAACAUGGAAAUUGAAAAAGCCAAUUCUUAAAUCUCAACAAGAGCAUCAUAAAACAGUAAAAAAUUGUCAUCCAAAUCUCCAUUUCAAGUUACAACACCUUCCAAUGUGAAAAUUAUUCCCGCUGGGAAACGACCUGUUAUAAAAGGCUUUAAUGUAAGCGGGACUGAGAAUACUGAUGUAUUGAAUUCCCGUAUAGAGAGUCCUCGCUCUCAAAGCCCAUAUUCUGAUUAUAAUAGUCCAGAAAUAAAAAGAAAGGAAAAUAUAACAAGGGAAAAGAAAGCAGGUUCUUCGAAUGCAAAUAGCCCGCGAUGUCAAUCUCCAAUAUCAGGACAUGAGACACCUGAUUUUGAUCCUAAAUUAAAACUUAAUGAAGAAAAAAUUGAUGUGAUGAAAAUAUAUAAAGAUAAAAGGGGAGACAGCAAAGAGCAGUUACAUUUAGUUGUGGUUGGUCAUGUUGAUGCUGGUAAAAGUACUUUAUUAGGACGACUUCUAUGUGAGUUAGGACAAGUUCCAUCAAGAUUAAUUCACAAAUAUCAACAAGAAAGUAAAAAAAUAGGAAAACAAUCGUUUGCUUAUGCAUGGGUUCUUGAUGAAACAGGAGAAGAACGAGAACGUGGAAUAACAAUGGACGUUGGUCAUUCUAAAUUUGAAACAGAAACAAAAUCAAUUACUUUAUUAGAUGCACCUGGACAUAAAGAUUUUAUACCUAAUAUGAUUACAGGCGCUACGCAAGCUGAUGUAGCUCUGUUAGUAGUAGAUGCUACUAGAGGAGAAUUUGAAACUGGUUUUGACAGCGGAGGUCAAACUAGAGAACAUGCGCUAUUAUUACGCUCAUUAGGUAUAUCACAGUUAGCAGUAAUAGUAAAUAAAUUAGACACAGUAGAUUGGUCAAAAGAAAGAUUUGAUGAAAUAGUGAAUAAAAUGAGUGUAUUCUUAAAACAAGCUGGAUUCAAGGAUAACGUUACUUUUGUUCCUUGUAGUGGUUUAUCUGGUGAAAAUAUAUUAACAAAACCUAAAGAACCUUUAUCUAAUUGUGUCCUGAACGUCAUAUAAACAAACCAUUUCGUUUUUUGGUUAACGACAUAUUUAAAGGUACAGGAUCUGGAUUCUGUGUUUCUGGCCAUGUAGAAACAGGCAUGGUCUCUUUAGGUGAUAAAGUUUUAGUAUUACCACGCAAUGAAACUGCAGUGGUUAAAGGUUUACAAAUAGAUGAAGUAUCUACAACAAACGCAUUUGCUGGGGAUCAUGUUUCGUUAACAUUAUCUGGAAUCGAUCAACAAAAUGUUGGAAUUGGUGAUAUUAUUUGUAAUCCUCAAAAUCCAGUUCCUGUAACAACACGUUUCCAAGCACAUGUUGUUGUAUUUGCAGUGAAAAUACCUAUUAUGAAAGGUCUUCCAGUAAUAAUUCACCAACAUUCUUUAGUUCAACCAGCUGUUAUUACAAAACUAGUAGCACAACUUCAUAGAAAUACAGGUGAAAUGAUAAAAAAGAAACCGCGUUGUUUACCAAAAAAUUCAAGUGCUAUUAUUGAAAUUACCACGCAAAAUCCAGUUUGUAUGGAAUUAUAUAAAGAUAUUAAAGAAUUGGGUAGAAUUAUGUUACGUGUAGAAGGAACAACUAUCGCAGCUGCACAACUACUACAUCCUCCAAAUGAAAUAUUAAUAGUAUCUCCUACGUUAGGUCUUCCUAAUCUACGCAUUGGUGGACGUGGUGGCCUAUAUAUAAACACAUAG